CUCAGAUCUUCUUUCUGGUGCAGCUCUCAUAGCCUUGAACUGUGACAGCUUUCUCCACUACUUCUUCUGUUAGUCCUUCACCUGCCCAGCAUCAUCAUUUUCCUCAAGAUUCUUGAUUUUCACCUGAAAUUUCUUCACAUUUCCGCGAAGAACAAUGCGCGAGAGCAUAAUAUCUGGGUAGGUUCCAGUCUCUGCUGCUAGAAAUGACGGUUUCAACAAGAUCUCAGACCAUCAAUAGCCAAUCGCAGAAUGACCGGAAACCCAGAACCAGAAAUCAAGAAACCGGCGACCAAAUCGCCGUGCGGGACCGGCACCAUGGGUUGAAAGAGAAGUUGGGAGCUCUGACCCUUUUCUACGAGCACCAAAAGCAAGCGCUCAAGAACCAAUCUCUGGAUCCGGAGGAGGAGCGGAGAUUCACCACCCACCCAAGCGUCGAUCUCCUCCGGUCUGGUAAAAAUGGUGGGGGAAAAAAAGAUUGCAGAGAGCCCAACAGACCAUUUGGGAAUGUGAUGAGGGAGAAUUUAUUGCACCCUCCAUUGAUUCAUCAUCCCCAGCUGGAGCUCGACGAGGAGGGCAAGGAAAACAAGAGUUGUAAUGUGGUCAGGAAGCUUGCACUUGGGAACUCAUCAGCUUUUCCUCCGAAUGUAUUGCCACGAAAAGGGGCUAAUAAUAAGGAGAGUAGUGUUCAAGAAUCCGAGAAGGUGAGGAACAAUGGUGGGGGUGGAGGAGGAGGAGGAGGGACUAGGAUUCUUGCUUUUGUGAGGCUAAGGCCAAUGGCUAAGAAGGAAAGGGAUGCCGGCGCUAGAAGUUGUGUGAAGAUUGUCGAUGGGAGGGAUGUUUACCUCACUGAAUUCGCCACUGAGAACGAUUAUCUCAGGCUACGAAUACUCCGUGGGAGGCAUUUCACCUUUGAUGCCUCCUUCCCAGAAUCUGCUUCUCAGCAGCAAGUCUAUUCCACAACAACAGCAGAGCUUGUAGAAGCAGUGCUGCAGGGAAGGAAUGGGUCAGUGUUCUGCUAUGGGGCAACAGGAGCAGGAAAGACACACACAAUGCUUGGUACAGUUGGGAACCCUGGUGUUAUGGUGUUGGCAAUCAAGGAUCUGUUUGCCAAGAUAAGGCAAAUGAGUUUUGAUGGAAACCAUGUUGUUCAUCUCUCCUAUCUGGAAGUCUACAAUGAGACUGUAAGGGACUUACUUUCCCCCGGAAGGCCAUUGGUCCUUCGGGAAGACAAACAGGGGAUUGUAGCUGCCGGGCUUACACAAUAUAGGGCAUAUUCCACAGAUGAAGUUAUGGCAUUGCUUCAGCAGGGAAACCGUAACAGAACUACAGAGCCAACUCGUGCCAAUGAAACAUCAUCGCGUUCUCAUGCCAUUCUGCAGGUUGUGGUUGAGUAUUGCACUAAAGAUGAUGCUUCAGGUAACAUAGUGAGCCGAGUGGGAAAGCUAUCACUGAUUGAUCUUGCUGGGUCAGAAAGAGCACUUGCCACAGACCAGAGAACGCUGAGAUCUCUUGAAGGAGCCAACAUAAACAGGUCACUUCUAGCACUCAGCAGCUGCAUCAAUGCACUUGUGGAAGGGAAAAAACACAUCCCGUACCGAAACUCUAAGCUUACUCAACUGCUUAAGGACUCCCUUGGUGGAGCCUGCAACACUGUCAUGAUUGCUAACAUCAGCCCAAGCAAUCUUGUGUUUGGUGAAACCCAAAACACACUGCAUUGGGCUGAUCGAGCCAAACAAAUCCGAACAAAGGCUUGUGAUGUGCACGAGGAAAUUCAAAUUCCCGAAUCAGAAACUGAUCAAGCCAAGCUAGUACUGGAGUUGCAAAAGGAGAACCGCGAACUCCGUACACACUUGGCUAGCCAGCAGCAAAAACUGCUAGCCAUUCAAGCACAAAAUUUGGCAGCAAAUGCAUCAUCUCCUGCUCCUUCCACAGUCUCCUCUCACCUGUUGUCCCCUGCUUGGCCAAGUGAGAAAAGAAAAAUGAAGCCCUCUUUCCUGGGUGGUGGCAAUUGCUUCACCCCAGAUUCAAAGAAAAGGGCUGCAGAUGAUACGGUAAAGGAACUGAGGAAAACAGUCAAGGCACUGGAGGCUGAGAUUGAGAGGAUGAAGAAGGAUCAUGCAUUUAAGAUGAAGCAAAAAGACAGUUUUAUCCAUGAGCUUUCGCUGAAGAUUUCAAAACCAACAUCAGUGGGAGUGGGAGAAGGAGGGGUUCUAAAGAAGGUGAUCACAAGGGCAAGCUUACGACCAAAGAAGCCAAACAAGGAUGAGUUGAAGAGUCCGUGUCAUCGUUUUGUCUCUCCAGCAGCUCCCACUUCUAAAAAACGUAGUUUUUGGGACACGACCUCAGCAAAUAGCCCAUCACUUGCCACACUAAAUGGAAGAAAGACCAGAAGCCAUGUCGCUGCCGAACUUACAACAGCUCCCUCCAAGCUUCUCCAGGUGAUCUUUAAUGACUUUUUUCUAUUAUUACUCUGGCAGCCCGGGGUUAUACUACUUUCUUUCUUUUAGUUGAUCUUUUAUGUGUUCCUUUGGUUUGGGGUUCCUUCAUUCUGAAACUAAUGCAGCUUGCAUAUCCAUGUUUCUGGUUUGUGUUCUUUGUGGGGCCGCAUGUCUUCAAUUUCAUCACUCACCAGCCAGGAUUUGCUUGGCCAAGACCUGAAACUGUAAAGCCGUAGAAGUCGCAGCAGCCAAGGGCAAGCAGGUUCUUAACAAUCCAUAAGAGUUUCCCAAGAGCCACAUUUCUCUUCAUGUAGUUUAUCCCCCCGCCCAAACUAGAGGCUUCUUGCAAAUUCUUAACAAUCUGAACAAUGACUCACAUUUCCCCAAUUGUUAGGGUUUUGUUUGUUUAAAUAUUCGUUAGUUGAAACUUUCAUACUGUAUUUUUUUGCCCUUGUAUCUUAAAUAUGAUUCUUUGAAUCACGCGUCAUUCCUGACCCAAGUAUUAGGCCACCCGCACUGAAAGGAUGACAAAGGUGGAGGAGAAGUGCAUUGGACAGAUAAAUUCCAAAGAGAGAAAGGAGAAGAACUAGUCCCUGGAGAAGAACAAAAAGAUAGAAAAUAGCCAAUCCCUCUAUGCCAUGUGGCCUUUUCCAUUCAAUUUUUCUUUUUAAUACUACCUCCGUCCCACUGUCUUUGUCCACUUUUGACUUUUGGAACUGUUCAUCUAACGUGAAACUGAGUAGUUUAAGAGAGUUACACAUUCGGAUUUAUAUCAGUACACACUAGAACAAACUAAACAGAAUUGUAUAUCUAAUAAUUAUAUAUUAAAGAUAUUAAAAAAUUAUAUGUUUAAUGUUCUAUUUUACCUAUAAAGAAGUGCAUUGGAUGGUGUGCCAAAAGGUAAGUGGACAAAGACAGUGGGACGGAAGGAGUAAUAUAUAAGGGUUUUGGCCUUUGGAUUCAUAUUCUUUAUAAUGAUCUAUGCUUAAUUAAUUUAACAUAAAAACAUUUUGCAGAUGAUGAAACAUAAGACUUGGAUUUGGGUUUUUAAUUUGAGUUUACUUUUUUUACGGGAAUUUUAUUCUACUUAUUUGUAGAUUAAAUAUUUCUUUAAAAGUAAUGAGUAUAAAGAAUUUAAUUAUACAUUGUUCAAAUUUAUUAGAAAUGGUAAUGUUUUAGUAAGGCUUUUGAUAUGCUACAAAAGAAGGUAAGUGUUGAAAUGCAUCACUUUUAUGUCUUAAAGGAAAUACCCACGGAUAAUAUGAGAAAAAUCAUGAAUCACAUGACAUAAAGUAUGUUGAUAACUUUUUAAAAAGGAGAAAUAUAGGAGACACCACGGAGGACAGCUUGGUUUGGGUGGCCUAGGCACCGAUGCCAGGUCUGAUGAUUGACAGGGACGACAUUGGCUUGAGCAAGUGCUAGUUGUCCUACAGGGUAGAGGGGUCCAACAUUAUUAGAUCAAUGCAUCACAAUUCCCGUCUGACAAUUCUUCACAGAAAAACCCUGAACAUCAAAUUUAACAGUGUAGUUAUUAUCACGAGUAAGUUGGCGAACAAAGAUAAGGUUGUGAGUAAUGAGGAGAGAAACUAAAAUGUUAUUUAGGGACAGGGGAGGGGUAGUGGACUAGUGGGAAGUGUGUUUCUAGUUGCUACCAACAGUCAUAGUGCAAAUCUUGAAACAUUACCAACAGUAAUAUAAGGUGGAGAAUAUAAUGUUUGAGAAGAGACAUGAGAAAGUCAGAAGCAAUGUGAUAAGAGGCACUGGUAUCCAUAAACCAUGUGGGCUCGCGAAGAGACAUUGUGUCGAAGUGGUGAGCUAGGGCUGUGGGUGGGGUUUUUUGAGUUGUCGGGUAGGGAUAGGUGGGGGGUACUGCCCUACGGAAGGUGUGGGGGGCAUGUCACGACAUUGGU